AAUCGGCCACUCUGAUUUUCGUUGAAUUAAGGAAAGUUAGGUAACUUUGUUUCUUUGCUCCACAAUUUUUAAAAUAUCUUAACCGGGAAUUUCAUUAACUAACUGCAGAAAAAUGCAAGGACUUGGACUACAAAGUCUUAAAAAAAAUCCAGCUCUAAUUCCACUUUAUGUGUGUGUUGGGGCGGGAGCUAUUGGAGCCAUAUAUUACAUGGCUCGACUUGCUACUCGAAACCCAGAUGUGACUUGGAAUCGCUCAUCGAAUCCCGAACCAUGGCAAGAGUACAAGGACAAACAAUAUAAGGUAUAUUUGUUAUAUUCUGCAAAACAACAAAAUUUUAUUCACCUGUGAGGGAUUAUUCGAAAACAAAGAGUUCGGCACCAAACUUUGAGGAGUAAAUUACACUUCUGGAAAUACUGUAAUUUAAAAAUGAUGUAGUUUACAAUUACUUCAACAAGUUAAAAUAAACUCUAUUGCAAAUAAA